GCGGGCGGGCGCGAUGGCGACCUUUGUCAGCGAGCUGGAGGCGGCCAAGAAGAACCUGAGCGAGGCGCUGGGGGACAACGUGAAACAGUACUGGGCCAACCUGAAGCUGUGGUUCAAGCAGAAGAUCAGCAAAGAGGAGUUUGACCUGGAGGCGCACCGGCUGCUCACCCAGGACAACGUCCACUCCCACAAUGACUUCCUGCUGGCCAUCCUCACGCGCUGUCAGAUCCUGGUGUCCACCCCAGAGGGGGCCGGGUCUCUGCCGUGGACCGGAGGGUCUGCAGCCAAGCCAGUGAAGCCCAAGGGCAAGAAGAAGCUCUCGUCCGUCCGCCAGAAGUUUGACCAUAGAUUCCAGCCGCAGAACCCGCUCUCGGGGGCGCAGCAGUUCGUGGCCAAGGACCCCCAAGAUGACGACGACCUCAAGCUCUGCUCACACACAAUGCUGCUGCCCACCCGAGGCCAGCUGGAGGGGAGGAUGAUCGUGACCGCCUACGAGCACGGGCUGGACAACGUCACGGACGAGGCUGUCUCGGCGGUGGUCUACGCCGUGGAGAACCACCUGAAGGACAUCCUGACGUCGGUGGUGUCCAGGAGGAAAGCCUUCCGCCUGCGGGACGGCCACUUCAAGUACGCCUUCGGCAGCAACGUCACCCCGCAGCCCUACCUGAAGAACAGCGUAGCCGCCUACAACAGCCUCAUGGAGAGCCCCCCGGCCUUCUCCGGCCCGUGCGCCGGCCAGAACCCCGUGUCCCAGCCACCCCCCGACGACGCCGAGCAGCAGGCCGCGCUCCUGCUGGCCUGCUCCGGGGACACGCUGCCUGCCGCGCUGCCGCCCGUCAGCAUGUACGACCUGUUCGAGGCGCUGCAGGUGCACAGGCAGGUGAUCCCCACGCACACUGUGUACGCCCUCAACAUUGAGCGGAUCAUCGCCAAGCUCUGGCACCCGAACCACGAGGAGCUGCAGCAGGACCGCGUCCACCGGCAGCGCCUGGCCACCUGCGAGGAGGCGCCGCUGUGCUGAGGGGGCCCGGACAGGACUGAGGGGCCACAUUUCACCACGAGACCUGGACAUGUGACCUUUCCCGGGAGAACCUUCCGGGCUGCCACUGUGAAUGAGACCCGCUCAGAGAACAACCCCCGUCCCUCGCCCCCCUCACCUCUUCCUCCCUCCCUCUCCGUCCCUCUCCCUCCCUCCCUUGCCCUCCCUCUCCCUCCCUCCCUCUCCCUCCCUCUCCCUCCCUCUCCCUCCCUCAUCCUCCCUCACCUUCCCUCCCUCGCCCUCCCUCUCCCUCCCUCGCCCUCCCUCGCCCUCCCUCACCCUCCCUCUCCCUCCCUCUCCCUCCCUCGUCCCUCUGUCACUCUCCGUCAUCCUCUCCCUCGUUCUCUCCAUCUCUCCCUCCCUCAGUCUCUGAUCAGAGGCUGUGUCGGAGGCAGAGCUAGCCAGGAGCCUGGACACCCUCUUGCGUCACGCCCGGGCCGAGGACAGAGUCUGGGUGACAUCAAGGCCGAACCCUCCGCCCUUCUUCCAAAGCCGGUGCCCUUGUGUCUGGGCUGGAGGGACGCGGUGUCCAGGCAGACGCCUUCUUCCCGGCCACUGUCGCUUCUGCUAGGUCUGGGUCGCUCUGUGCGAGCCCCUGGCACCUCCAAAAGAAACACAACUUCGGUGCUGUCCUGUUCAACCCAAUAGAGUUCUUCCUUUAUAUCCAGAACCAAAAAACAAAAAAAAAACCUCACACACAAAACCCAACAAAACUCUUGGAAUGUGAUUAACUGACCUUAUAUAAACUGUCUUCCAGGGGCCGGAGCGAGAGCACAGCGGGGAGGGCGCUUGCCUUACACGCGGCCGACCUGAGUUCGAUCCGUGGCAUCCCCUAGGGUCCCCCGAGCACCGCCAGGAGUGAUUCCUGAGUGCAGAGCCAGGAGUCAGCCCUGAGCAUCACCGGGUGUGACCCCCAAAAGCAAAAAAAAAAAAAAGUCUUCCAGAAAAAAAUGUCUUCCAAUACUUCAAGCUUUUCUUAUAGUUUAUAUGUCUAGGGACAUUGAGUGUCCCUCAUUUUGUUCGUUAUUCCCGUUUUUAAAGCUCCACAUUGGGUUUGCACUCGGUGACUUCCCCGUCCUUGUGAAAUGCCCAUUUCUGUCGAUGAUAAGGUGGAAAGCGUUUCUAUUAGGCAAGUGUUCUUAGACAAGUUUGUUUUUGCUUUUGAAUGUGUGGGUGGAUACAGUAGGGGGUUUUGUGGACGUCUGAGUGAUAUUUGUGUAGAUAUGUAUAUAUGGUUUAGUGGAUUGGUGUAUUUGAAUUUGUACUUUAACUGUGAUAAAUAAACCUUUUGGGAGAAAA